AUGUGGAGGAAAGGAGAAGGUACAGCCAAGGAAGAGGUAACAGGGCACAAGCUGAUUGCUGUAGAUGAUGAUUUUUUUCAUGAACUUCCAGAAACUUUUCCUUCUGAUCCUCCAGAGCCAUUGCCCCACUUUCUCAUUGAACCCGAAGAAGCUUACAUAGUGAAAAACAAACCUGUGAAUCUGUACUGCAAAGCAAGCCCAGCCACACAGAUCUAUUUUAAAUGCAACAGUGAAUGGGUUCAUCAGAAGGACCAUGUGGUGGAUGAGAGAGUAGAUGAAACCUCUGGUCUGAUUGUCCGUGAGGUGAGCAUCGAGAUUUCCCGCCAGCAGGUGGAGGAGCUCUUUGGGCCCGAGGACUACUGGUGCCAGUGCGUUGCCUGGAGCUCAGCUGGCACCACCAAGAGCCGCAAGGCCUACGUCCGCAUUGCAUAUCUCAGGAAGACUUUUGAGCAGGAGCCCCUGGGGAAAGAAGUGUCCCUGGAGCAAGAGGUCCUGCUCCAGUGCCGUCCUCCUGAAGGCAUUCCGGUAGCUGAGGUGGAGUGGCUGAAGAAUGAAGAGGUGAUUGAUCCCGUGGAAGACCGAAAUUUUUACAUCACCAUUGAUCAUAAUCUAAUCAUCAAGCAAGCCCGGCUUUCUGACACAGCCAACUACACUUGUGUUGCCAAAAACAUUGUGGCCAAAAGGAAAAGCACUACAGCAACUGUGAUCGUCUAUGUGAAUGGAGGCUGGUCUACCUGGACUGAGUGGUCCGUGUGCAACAGCCGCUGUGGGAGAGGCUUCCAGAAGCGCACAAGGACUUGCACUAACCCUGCCCCACUCAAUGGGGGAGCUUUCUGUGAGGGGCAAAAUGUUCAGAAAAUAGCUUGCACCACCUUGUGUCCAGUGGAUGGCAAAUGGACAUCCUGGAGUAAGUGGUCCACUUGUGGCACAGAGUGUACCCACUGGCGCCGGAGGGAGUGCACAGCCCCGGCCCCGAAGAAUGGAGGCAAGGACUGCGAGGGACUGGUGCUACAGUCCAAGAACUGCACUGACGGGCUCUGCAUGCAGGCUGCACCUGACUCGGAUGAUGUUGCUCUCUACGUGGGGAUUGUCAUUGCUGUGAUCGUGUGCCUGGCUAUUUCUGUGGUUGUGGCCCUGUUUGUCUAUCGCAAGAACCACCGUGACUUUGAGUCAGAUAUUAUCGACUCCUCGGCGCUAAAUGGGGGAUUUCAGCCUGUUAACAUCAAGGCUGCAAGGCAAGACCUCUUGGCAGUGCCACCAGACCUCACUUCUGCUGCAGCCAUGUACAGGGGUCCUGUGUAUGCCUUGCAUGAUGUCUCUGAUAAAAUUCCAAUGACCAAUUCUCCGAUCCUGGACCCACUGCCCAAUCUGAAGAUCAAAGUUUAUAACACCUCUGGAGCAGUCACCCCCCAGGAUGAACUCUCUGACUUCUCUUCCAAGCUGUCCCCACAGAUUACCCAGUCUCUGUUGGAGAAUGAGACAUUGAAUGUGAAGAACCAAAGCCUUGCACGGCAAACAGACCCAUCCUGCACUGCAUUUGGGACCUUCAACUCCUUAGGGGGCCACCUAGUAAUUCCCAAUUCAGGAGUGAGUUUGCUGAUCCCAGCAGGGGCUGUUCCCCAAGGAAGAGUCUAUGAAAUGUAUGUGACAGUCCACAGGAAGGAGAGCAUGAGACCACCUGUAGAAGACAGCCAGACGCUGCUGACGCCAGUGGUGAGCUGUGGCCCACCAGGAGCGCUGCUAACCCGACCUGUUGUGCUGACCAUGCACCACUGUGCUGAGCCCAACAUGGAUGACUGGCAGAUCCAGCUCAAGCACCAGGCAGCCCAGGGACCAUGGGAGGAUGUAGUGGUGGUCGGGGAGGAAAACUUCACCACUCCGUGCUAUAUUCAGCUGGACCCAGAGGCCUGCCAUAUCCUGACAGAGACCCUCAGCACGUACGCCUUGGUGGGACAGUCCAUCACCAAAGCAGCAGCCAAACGUCUCAAACUCGCCAUCUUUGGACCACUGUCCUGCUCCUCGCUGGAGUACAGCAUCCGCGUCUACUGCCUUGAUGACACACAGGAUGCCUUGAAGGAGGUCCUCCAGCUUGAGCGGCAAAUGGGUGGGCAGCUGUUGGAGGAACCCAAAACUUUGCAUUUUAAGGGAAGUACCCACAAUCUCCGCUUAUCCAUUCAUGACAUUGCCCACUCUCUCUGGAAGAGCAAACUGCUGGCUAAAUACCAGGAGAUUUCUUUUUACCACAUCUGGAGUGGGUGCCAGAGGAACCUGCACUGUACCUUCACGCUGGAACGAUUCAGCCUCAAUACAGUGGAGCUAGUCUGCAAACUCUGUGUGCGGCAAGUUGAAGGAGAAGGGCAGAUCUUCCAGCUUAACUGCUCAGUAUCAGAGGAACCCACUGGCAUUGAUUAUCCCAUCAUGGACUCAUCAGGCAGCAUCACAACAAUAGUUGGGCCCAACGCCUUCAGCAUACCACUCCCAAUAAGGCAGAAGCUCUGCAGCAGCCUGGAUGCACCCCAGACCCGGGGCCAUGACUGGAGGAUGUUGGCUCACAAGCUGAAACUGGACAGGUACCUAAAUUAUUUUGCUACAAAAUCAAGUCCCACCGGGGUGAUCCUGGAUCUCUGGGAAGCCCAGAAUUUCCCUGACGGCAACCUGAGCAUGCUGGCAGCAGUGCUGGAAGAAAUGGGACGACACGAAACCGUCGUUUCUUUGGCAGCGGAAGGAAAUUACUGAUGCAGCCUUGGCAUGAACAGGAAGGACAGACACAGGGAGCGGUAAUGCCCCAUUAUUGCAAAUGUUUGAAAUGAAAACCCCAGACCAAUGAGUUACACAAGAGACAUUUCAGAGAAGAAAGCAAGCAAACAAACAGAAAAAAUAUACAGCCCUGACCUUCACAUGUGCUCUCCUUGUACAUUAUCACAGGAUCUAAAAGAAAUCAUGCAAAGUUGUACCUUGAAAAUAUAAAUCAACCUAAUGUUCCUCUUGGCUUGGCUGUACACUGCUUGGUACAGGAUUUUACAGUUUCCUAGGAAACGCUUUUUAUUGCUAUCCAGAUAUAUGGAUAAACUUUCUUAACAAUCCCAGUUUCUAUGGAUGUUGUUUACAUCAAAUUCUGGACAGGGGUAAGGAGACUGUCCAUGGCUCUUUAUAUUUUUUGUUCAAAGCCAUUCUAAACAAGGCUGUGGACAGUUGGUUGUGGCUAUUUCAGAUUAUUGUUUUCUGGUGAAUUCAGAUUUUGGCUACAAUUCUGAAUACUGAUUGUCUCACAAUGAUCCUCCUGUCAUUAUUCUGUUUCCUAGACCUACCUGUAAAAAAAAACAAAAACAAAAACAAACAAAAAAAUCAGUGUUUAAGAAGCAUGCAUCUGGAAAGCAGGUACUCUGGGUGCUAAGCAGGAACACACAUACUAUUCCCAUCUUUCCCUGACGGGAGCCCCCACUGAGCCUUGGUGGAAAAUGGCUGUAAGACAGUGGGACUAUAGAGUAGGAGUCAAUUUUCAAUUCAAAGUGUAACAAGACCCUUUCUACCCCUUUGCUAUAUGGUGGGAUUGGAUAUGCAAUUCAGAGUGGUUAGAGGGGAAAAAACAACAACAAAAAAAAAACACAAAAAAGCCUGAAAAAAGAAAAGAGAAUUUGCGAUGAUAA